AGGUGGCAAUGGAUAUAUUGCAGGAAAUGUCUGCAGGCUCUAAGCAAUUUGCAAAGUGAAUAGAUAAACCUUUUGGGUGCUGCCCUGAAUGUGUCCUCCUGAUCACCCUUUCUUGGGCUGACAGGCUGCCAUGGAACCAAGCUGGAGCUUGGGCACCACGCCGCGGUCUCACGCUCCUUUCUUUCAGCAGCACACGCACUCCAGCCUCUUUAUUAGAAGUGAAUCUGUUCAGUACAGGCUGUCCCAUGUCAAUACAGACGCAUUUCAGCAUUGCAUCACCUGGCCCCACCUGAAUCUGAACGUCUCUGGGCCCGAUUCUGACCUGCUGAGGUCUAUGGGACUUUGACUUCAGCAGGGUCAGGAUUUGGCACUCAGAGCAGAGGGAGGGAGUUUAAAUGCCCUGAUGCCACUGGUGGAAAUUGUCACUGCUUUGCUCUAUUGGUAGGGGGAAGAGUGACAGGGAGGGGAACGGGGUUGUUUCAGGGAUGUCUGGAAACAGGCUGACGUCCUGAGUCUCUGCGCCGAGGUGUGGGAUGCAGCCAUCUUCAGCCAGGGAUGCAUGUAAAGCUUUUGUUUCUUUCUACAUUCUUUGGAGCGUUGUGCUGCUGAAAGAUGUGAGCUUGAGCUCCUCUGUCUCAUCCCCUUAACUAGUGCAAGCAACCAAGGACAAUGCAGACUCCUGGGCCUCUCCUCUUGACGGCACUGCUCAGACCUCUGUUAGCCUCAUAUACCUAGUCACCUUGCCGUGUUUUUAGAGCGCUUCUCGCAAUGCCCCCAGGAAGCAGGGAAUCCUUAUUCCCCUUUAAAUAUGGGAAAAGGAGAUGCAGGAAACCCAAGUGACUUGCCUGAGGCCACCUAGGAAGUCUGUGGCAGGUGGAACUGAGCCUGGGUGCUCUGUAGCAAAGGCUACAGUGGCGUAACCACUGGCCUGUCGUUCCUGGGGACCGGUUUUGAGCCCAUGUAAUGUAAUGUGGCUGGUGAGACACUUGCCAAUGGGGCAGUGGAUUGAGACCUGCCACCUCUGUCACACAGACCAUGGAGUGAUCAGAAAUGGGCAGUGAGUUUUUCAUACACUCCCACCAUGGAUGGGAUUGAAAUCCCUGCCUGAGAGGUGGAUGGCUGUAACUGCUCUCCUGGGCAAGCCGGUUCCCUGCAGUUUGGAGGCUGUCAGGCUGCAAAGGAGCCUUCUGCUCUGGUCACGCGUAGUCAAGAGAGCGGUAUUUGUGCGGUUCCUGUUCCCAGUUUGAGUGACACGGCCAGGCCAGGCCAGCCCAGCCCACAAAGCACUCUGCUCUGGCUGGGCCUGCAGCCAUGGAAACAGCCAGAGACACUUUCAGAAAGCAGCUCCGAGAAGGGACGGGAGCACAAAGGCAGCCAGGCAGCAAGUGCUUGUGUUUUGCACAGGACUCCAGGGGUUUUCCUCCUCUGCGCUUUGCCCAGUGCAGGUCAUCCUGCUGCUUUAUGAUCCGUGGAUUGUGGGUGGUCCACGGGGAAUGAGCUCCACCGGAUUAGCCCUAGCGCCUCCUGCCAAGAACGUGGUGGUGUAUCGCAAUGGGGACCCCUUCUUCCAGGGCAGGAAGUUUGUGGUCAACCAGCGCCAGUUCCUCACCUUCGAAGCGUUUCUGAACGAGGUCACCAGCACCAUCCACGCACCCGUGGCAGUGAGGAAUAUCUACACCCCCCGGCAGGGCCACCGGGUCACAGAUCUGGGGGAGCUGCAGAACGGGUGCCAGUACGUGGCAGCCGGCUUCGAGCGGUUCAAGAGGCUUGACUAUUUAAGUCGGGGAUUGAAGCACCUGAGUGGGGCUAGGAAGAAAAAUGGCAUGAAGGUCCACCCCAUCGCUCCCCAGAAGCUGACCGUGUCGGCACGAUGGCAGAAGCCCACCCAUCUGCCCUGUGUGAUCCACGUCUUCCGGAACGGCGACUUGCUGAGCCCCCCUUUCCGCCUGCUCCUCUCCAAGAGCACCCUGCUGGAGUGGGAUGCUGUCCUGGGGCUGGUGACGGAGAAAGCCAGCCUUCGCAGUGGAGCUGUCCGAAGGCUCUGCAGGCUGGAUGGAGUUGCAGUGUCCAGCGGUGAGGAGCUGGUGAACGGCGGUUACUACGUGGCUGUGGGGGCUGAGAAGUACAAAAACCUGCCCUACUUUGAACUGCUGGUGCCUGAAAAUUCUGCCCAGAGGGUGUUCUGGAGCCAUCCCAAUAACAGGCGUGGGAUCCACAAUAAAGGGUUUAGUAAAUUCCACGCCACUUCCCAGGACGGAGCCAGUGACUCUGCCCUCCUCGAACCUCCACAACAGCUGGACAGCCGCAGGGUGCAGUCCACAGGAGCUGCAGAGAAGGACGAGACCCCUGUUCCCUCCCUGAUGGUAUGCAGGCCAGCCAGGAGAUAUCCACACAGGGAGGAAGAGUCAGUCUUCCACGCCAAACCUGCCCGUGCAGGGCAAAAUAAGAAGAGCCACAGGAACACCCCACACUGGCUUGAUCAAGAAGAGGGAGGUGUUUAUAAAGUGAAAGACCCAAGAAAGGAGUUGCGAGGGGCUCGGGAAGUGGCAGAGGACGAGCACACGAUGGUGGAGCUGCCUGUGGACCAAAGUGCUGCAGAGACUGUGGAAGAGGAAGUUCUACCCAAAAAUAGGCCAACUCCUCAGACAAAGGCUGGGACCACUCGCAGAUCACAGAAGGCCUUGACAACACGAAACAAUUCCAGCGACUCAGAGGCGGAAGCAAACUGAAAGACGCAUUCCCUCUGCAAGUGAGAGCUGAAGAGCAUGUGAAGUGGCUGUGAUGCAAGCGGGAGAAGUUAGCAUUCUCUUUGUGCUAGUGGCAGAUAACAAACCACUUGGAUUCCAGACUCCUGUAACACCACACACCACUGCCCAAUCUGGGGACAGGUUCAAGUACCAUGUCUGAAACUAAGUGCCUUGACUAUAAGGGUUUUGGAACAUGAACAAUAAGUCAGGUCCUUGUUCUUUGAACACAAACACUUGUCUCCCUUCUCUCUAAAAUGUUUGAUUUGAGGGAGGAGGUGGAAAUGUUGGGCCUACAGUUAUAAGCUUCAGUAGUCAAGGAAUUGGUCUGUCUGAACUGGGAUUUUUAUUUUAUUUUUACUGUAAAUAAUAGUUCUAAGUCUUCUUUACUGAAAUGUCUGCCAGGAAAUGUUCUCCAUAUUAUAGAUCCUGUGUUUAAAAUGAUUUUGUGGCUCUUUUGUGCUCAGGCCUGGUUAAUUUCUACCGCUGCAUUUGACUGUUGUUAGAUGAGCAUUAUAACAAAUCUAGUCCCAGAAGGCUCAUUCUUCUUGUUCUUAAAAAGCGUCAACCUAAAUCAAGGAAACCUCUUUAUAUAAAAAUAAAUAGCUAGUUUAUUAACCCCAGAGUCACCCAAGCAAUAUAUUUCCUUUCCUGAUAACACAUAAAGGCAGAAAAGCUU